AUGCCAAACUCUGGAAAUAACGCAAUGCCCGAAAGAAACGUCGAUCAAUGGUAUCUACUCCUUGCGAUAUUAAUCGGAGUUAUAAGUGGGGUGGCAGUAUGUUAUUGUAGUAGGUACACAGUGGUAUUGGAACAGUUAAACCUCGAGGAUUUUCUUGAAUUCGUCAAGAUGGCAAUAGAUGUGGCGAUAGAUAUUAUACGAAUCUACGAACAGUACCUGAUUGUAUCAGAAGAUGGAGUCUUGGUGGUGAAUUUACUUGAAUUCAUAAAGAUGAUAAUAGUUGUAGCAAUUGAUAUUUUACGUGGCAUAGCAAGAUAA